UCGAAUUCGAUACUUGAGAUCCAACUCGAGCUUUUCAUCGCAGCUUGCCGGCGCGAAAUAGACGAAUCCGUUCUCUUCAGAUUCCUUGGGAGAGACUCUGACAAAGCGGGUGAGCGACUACAAUUGCUUUCAUUUAAAGAGCAAUUCAAGCUCUUAAAAAGUCACUGUAAGAUCCCUCCUUCUGCAGUUCAAAUCUAAAGCUCAUGUUUAAUUUCCAACGCCUCCAAGCCCUGCUAUGGAGGAAGGGUAUUUUCGAAAAAUCACCAACCCUGCAAUGCUACCCAUCACCAGCAUUCUCUCUCAAAUUUAGCACAGGUAAUCACUCGUUUACGGUAUCAUACCUCAUUAAAAGUUUAGGGUUUUCCCAAGAAGCUGCCUUAAAUGUUUCCAAGAAAGUUCGAUUCCAGACCUCAGAGAAGCCGGAUUCUGUAGUCAGCUUCUUCAGAAGCCUUGGGUUCUCUGAAUCUCUCAUAAACGAUCUCAUUAGAAAGGAUCCGGCGCUUCUUCUGUGCGAUCCCCAAAAAAGGAUUUUGCCUAAGUUUGAAUUUUUCCUCUCAAAAGGUGCUUCUAACUCCGACAUUGCCAUCAUGAUGCACAAGAGUACGAGAUUCCUGGAGAGAAGCUUGGCGAAUCACAUAAUCCCGUCAUAUGAAUUGCUGAUACGAUUUUUUCAAACUGAUGAAGGCGCCGUUGAUUUUAUAAAAGGCUAUCCAGAUAUUCUUUAUGACACUCGAGCGAUACAAUCUAUCAACUUGCUGCUUAAGAAUGGAGUUUCAGGAACGAGCGUUGCUCUCAUAAUGAGAAGGAGGCCUCGUUCACUGUUCUGUGCAGAUGAUCUUAUAAAGGUGGUAGAGGAAAUUAAGUGUUUGGGUGAUCCUUUGAGUGCAACAUUUGGUGUCGCAUUGUUAGCCAAAAUGUGUAUGAGCAAGUCCAGCUGGGAAGCCAAAGUUGAUGUCUACAAGAGAUGGGGAUGGUCUGAAGAAGCUUGGUCAGAAGCAUUUAGGAAGCAACCGCACUGUAUGUUAGCAUCCAAGGAUAAAAUUGAUGCAGUUAUGAGUUUUUGGAGUAACAUUUGGGUUGAAGGAAAAGAUCAUCUCAAGGACAGAACUGAGCGGGAAAAAUGGAAAUCAUCCUUAUGCUAUCCUGAUUGGGUCAUUUUAAUUGCUGUGCAGAAUUUCAAAUGCUUUAUCCGAGCCUAUUUAUACGAAACAAAUGACAGGCUUACAGAUAUUGUUGAAGAGCAUGCAGUUGCUUACUAUAAAUGUACGAAUUCAGAUAUUUAUUUCUCAACAUGGGUUGUUGUCUGUGAUCGAGCAAACUGCUCACUCUGGGUCCUUUUACAACUGCGGAAUCUCGCGAAAGAACCAAUCUGUAAGGAAGAUGGAGCCUUCAGUGAGGUCACUAUCCCUCUGUUUACUUACUAUUCAAAUCCGAAGCUCAUGAUUAAUUCCCAGCGCCUCAAAACCCUUCUAUGGCUGAAGGGUAUUCUCAAUACAUAUCUGAACUCACAAUACUCUCGACUCUUACAAAGCUACCCUUCACCGACUCUCUCUCUCAGCUACGGCGCAAUUGCUUCUCCAGGUAAUCACUCGUUCACCGUAUCGUACCUCAUUAACAAUUUAGGGUUUUCCUAUGAAGCCGCUUUAAAGGCCUCCAAAACAAUUCGAUUUGAGACUGCACAAAAGCCAGAUGCAGCUGUCAGCUUUUUUCGAAGCCACGAAUCCGAGAUUCUUACUAAGAAGCUUGAAGAAUCAAUAAUCCCAUCAUAUGGAUUUCUCGGAGGGUUCUUCAACAACGAUAAAGGGAUAAUCGAUUCUAUAAAACAAUAUCCUAAUAUGCUUUAUUGCACUCGGGUGCUUCUAAGUAUCAACUUGUUGCUUGAGAAUGGAGUGUCGGGGACAAAUAUUGCUCUCAUAAUCUAUAGGAGGCCUCGUGUACUCCGAAAGCCAAGUGACCUUGUAAAGGUAGUAGAUGAAAUUAAGGCUAUGGGAUUUAGUCCUUCGAAAACACAAUUCGGUGUAGCAUUGAUAGCCAAAAUGAGCGUAAGCAAGUCCCAUUGGGAAGCCAAAGCUGAUGUCUAUAGGAGGUGGGGAUGGUCAGAGGAGGCAUUGUUGAGAGCAUUCAGGAAGCAACCACAUUUUUUUUGGGUUAACCAGUUGGGUUGGGAUUCUUUGCUCCUGGCUGAAGAUCCAAGACUCUUCGGAUAUAGCUUGAAUAAGAGGACUAUACCAAGGGGUACAGUUCUACGGUAUCUUCGCUCAAAAGGUUUAAUGAGCAAGGAUUCGAGCUUAUUCUUCCCAUUUGGUAUUUCUGAAAAGCAAUUCCUCGAAAGAUACGUGAAUUGUUUUGAGAAGCGUGAUGAUCAGAUAUUGAAGCUCUAUGAAGAACAUUUGAAGAAUGAUGGCAUGUCAUGAGCCUGAAGGUUUUUUUUUUUUUUUUUUAAAUCAUUUUUGUAAUUCAGUCUCGUUUUGUUUCUCCUCCCCAUUGAAGCAUUUGCCGUGUUUAAAGUGGGAUUCAACUAAUUUUACUGGCUUGCUUCAUUUUUUGUAAAAUUGGAACUCAGUUGGUUGAUUUAUCAUUAAUACAAGCCAACCACAGUUUUGAUUUAUAUUUGCUUUAGCCUUCAGCAAUAGGUGUUGUGGCAGAAUACUUUCGUCAACAAUCUUGUUUCACUGUCCUUCCUUGAAUUCAUGACUGUUGACCCUUGCAUCAACGAAUUUUGUCAACAAUGAAAGUCACAUGAAUCAUAUAGCUGAUC